CUCCAAAAACAACAAAAGUACCACCCACCACCAUCCCUUAACUUGAAAAUAUCAUACAUUGCACUGAAUCCAUCACAAAUCGUCAUCGGAGAGAGACCGGAAAAUGGAUCUCCGGAUAGUGGAGCCAGCUGACCCGACUUCCCCAAGCGGCCUCAAGAAAAAGCUACGUUCUUCCCUUUGCAUUAUCCCUUGCUUCACCAACUCUAAAUCCCAUCAUCACCACCACCACCACCAGGGCUCCGCCACUGCCCCUACGACCCCUCAAGGCUGCAGCGCCAGCGGCCGCAGCCGAGAUGAUUUAGGCCUCCUACGUCCCUCCGACGCCUCCCUCUCCACCCCAAAAUCAGCACGCUCCCACCACCACCACGAGUUCUCCGAGCUGAAGGACAAGUGUCGGAAAGUCAUUGGCCGCAUGGGGCGCCACAGCGGGAGGAGGCACUCCGGGGACUUCAAGUACGACGAGUUGAGUUACGCGCUCAACUUUGAUCACGAGGACCCCAACAUGGAUGACGACAGCUUUCCCCUCAGAAACUUCUCGGCGAGGUUGCCGCAUUCCCCUCCGGCCGAGUCCGCCGCCGCUUCUCCGGGGUCCAAUGAGAUUACUGUAGCUAAUUAAAUCCCCGCCUGAGGGAAUGAGGUUAAUUCAUUAUUGACUGACUAGGCUAAUUGAAUUUCACUGUUUAUACAUUAAUGCUGUAUAUAAUCGUACACUAAGUAACCAUAUGGUUUUUUAUUUUUCUUUUCUGUAAAUUUUUCAUUAAAAAUGUUCUUCUGCAGAAGUGGAAUUUGCGUA